UUACAAUUGAAGAGGUAGCAGCAGAGAUCAAUCCUGCAUUGGAUAUUUAUUUUCCUGACAAAACUGAAGUGCAGAUAAUCGCUGAACCAGGCCGGUAUUAUGUGACCUCACCUUUCACACUGGUUGUGAAUAUCAUCGCUAGAAAAAUAGUUGAAAAGUCUCAACCCAACUCCAAUGAUGAGGAGGCCGGGAAUGAGAAGACCAUGAUGUAUUAUUUAAAUGAUGGGCUGUAUGGUUCUUUCUGUAACUUUGCAAACUAUCGUGGCCUAUUGAAGCCAAUCCUCUAUAAAAAACACUCCCUGGACCAAAAGCUGUAUAACACCAGGAUUUGGGGACCCACUUGUGAUUCAAGGGAUCAUAUUUCCGAUGCCUGGAUGCUGCCUGAACUGGAGAUUGGAGACUGGUUGCUCUUUAAAAACAAUGGAGCAUACACCAUCAGCAUCUCAACCAUGUUCAAUGGUUUUCAUGCAGCCCCAACGUACUAUGCAAUAUCAGAGGAGACCUGGGAAACCCUUCAGAAUAUAAAGAAAGAAAUACAAUCUCCAGUGGAAGAACAGGAUGAUGUAGACACUCAAUCUGGUCAUCAGACAAUAAGAUUUAGGAUUGAAGCAGCCAUUUAGCCCGUCGUUGCUGCUUUAUCACCUAUUGCGAUCAAGACUAAUUGGAUAAUCCUUAACUCCAUUUGCCUGCUUUUUCCCUAAAAUCCUUGUCUCCCUUACUGACUAAAAUUUGUCUUUCCCAGCCUUCAACACUCUUAAUGAUCCAGCCUGUGAUAAAGAAUUCCACAAAUUUACUCCCCUCUGACAAAACAAAUUCCUCCUCAUCCCUGUCUUAAAUGUAUAUCCCAUAGUCUGAGAUUAUGCCCUCUGUUCUCAUAAUCUCCCACAAGGGAAAACAACCUUUUUACAUUUCCCAUGUCAAGUCUGCUAAAGAACUUUGUUUAAAUAAGACCUCCACUCCUUCUAAUCUCCAAUAAGUACAGACUCAAUGUACUCAAUCUGUGACCCUUCCAUACCUGCAAUAAGCGUCGUGAAUGUCUGCACUGCCUCCAAUGCCAUGUAUAUUUCCUUAGAUAAGGGUAUCAAAACGGUUCAGAGUAUUCUAGGUGUGAUCUGCAACAUUUUAACAAGAAUUCUCUCUUUUGAAACAGUGAUGCAUAUCCCUUUUAUCAUCAAUAUGAGUGAUGAAAAUAAUUCUUAUUCCUCCAACAUUUGUAUAAACAUACAUUAGCUUGGCUUUAAUUUACACCUUGCUGAUAUACUGUGAUGUAUUAAAUUGCUAACAAUCGAUGUUAAAUGUUUAGCUUCUUUGUUAUGACAAUUUUUCACUUUCCGAGUUAUACCAUCCAGAUGAAUCGUCAGAAAGCCAGAAAAGCAAUUCUAAAAAUAAAUUUUCUUCUGCUACACUGUUUGGUUUUCAAAAUUAAAUGUAUGUUAAUGGACACAAGUUAAUUUAAUGGGAUAAUUUAAUCAUCAACAAACUGAUGGAAAGAAUUACGCUUUCUCCAACAUUUUCCCAGCUUCGUAUUCUCUUGUCUUCUAUUACAUUGUAAGGUGAAAGUAAUUAUUUUAAACAUCAAGCAUUCAAUUCCGGGAUUUUACUAAAUAUUUAGAAUUUAUCAUUUAUCAUCAUUUAAAGAAACACGUGUGCAAGAUUGUGCUUGUGUCAAUAGGAUAGUACUGUGCAUUUUCCUACUCCUCGUAGUGCACUGUAUAUUAAUCAUAAUCUAAAUCUACGAGGUGAUUCGUAACCUGUUGACCAACUGAAGUAAAGAUUUCAAUAACUUAUCGUUCCCAUAAUUUCUUGUAUUACAUCAUGUCAUUAAAGAAAGUAUUCUGCA